AUGGAGGACGAGGUGAUCCGCAUUGCCAAGAAGAUGGACAAGAUGGUGCAGAAGAAGAACGCGGCUGGAGCAUUGGAUUUACUGAAGGAGCUUAAGAAUAUUCCCAUGACCCUGGAACUAUUACAGUCCACAAGAAUUGGAAUGUCAGUGAAUGCUAUUCGCAAGCAGAGCACAGAUGAAGAAGUUACAUCUUUAGCAAAGUCCCUCAUCAAAUCCUGGAAAAAGUUAUUAGAUGGACCAUCAACAGAUAAAGACUCUGAAGAAAAGAAAAAAGAUACUGUAGCUACGUCACAGAAUAGCCCUGAAGCAAGAGAGGAAAGCAGCUCUAGCGGCAACGUGAGCAGCAGAAAGGACGAGACCAAUGCCCGGGACACGUAAGUCUCAUCUUUUCCUCGGGCGCCGAGCACUUCAGAUUCUGUGCAGUUAAAGUGCUGGGAGAUGCUCGCUACUGCUCUACGAACGGGAGAUGACUACAUCGCCAUUGGAGCUGAAGAGGAAGAAUUGGGUUCUCAGAUCGAGGAAGCUGUCUAUCAAGAAAUAAGGAAUACAGACAUGAAAUACAAAAAUAGAGUACGAAGUAGGAUAUCAAAUCUUAAGGAUGCCAAAAAUCCAAAUUUAAGGAAAAACGUGCUGUGUGGGAACAUUCCUCCUGACUUGUUUGCUAGAAUGACAGCAGAGGAGAUGGCUAGUGAUGAGCUCAAAGAGAUGCGGAAAAACUUGACCAAAGAAGCCAUCAGAGAGCAUCAGAUGGCCAAGACGGGUGGGACCCAGACGGACUUGUUCACGUGUGGCAAGUCUAAGAAGAAGAACUGCACCUACACACAGGUACAAACGCGGAGUGCUGAUGAACCCAUGACAACGUUUGUCGUCUGCAACGAGUGUGGAAACCGGUGGAAGUUCUGUUGAGUUGGAAGCAUUGGCAAAACAUCUGGACCAUUAAGAAGAUGGAUUUUGUAAUUAGCUUUAAGACUAGGUCAACUAGCUAGUUUUCCUGCAAAUCAGAUUUUUAAAGUAACUUGCCUCCCUUGGGUUAGUCUCUGGUUUUGACAUAGUGUCCCUUCCUUAAACGCCUUCUGUAGUUUCAGGUCAGUAGGGAGACCACAUAAUGGUAUCUGUUUCAAAACUUUUUUUUUUUCAGUUUUAUAAGUGGAUAUUAAACUUUUGGCAGUUAAUUUUUACCUUUUUUUUUCUUCUUAAAAGAAAAUAUAACAACUUUUUUACAA